AUGUCCCUGUUGCACACUGCGUUGCGCAGAGCUACGCAUGUCGAUCAGCACCACUUCGGGCCGAACAUGGGCCUGGAGAAUCCGUUGAGCAAGUGCCCAGGCACAAUGCUGGAAGUCCACGUUGCCAAGGCAACUGAGAUUCUGGGAAUGGAUAACGGCAGAAUGCACCCUUUCUGCGUGACCGCGUACUAUCCAGGAGAAUCUGAGCAGGUGGCUGAGUCGAGGAAGUCCUGCUUUAAGCCUGCCAUGAAGAGUGCGUUGGGGUCUCGCAGAGAGGACGUCUUCUUCUUCGAGACAAUCAGAUUGCCUUACGAUCCGAGGCAGGACUUCGUAAUGGUGGAAAUCCGGCAAGUCAACCUGCCGCUACACUUGGGGUUCGAGGAUGAUUGGGUUGGCAGGGUGUUGUUGCCGCUGGCCGAUCGCAAAGUCGUCGAAGAGCCGGCGGAAUGGGACCUUGCACGUGGACCUUACGAAUAUGGGGGCAUGGUGACUGUGAGCGUCAAAUUCCCCGAGCCAGAGGUUCGACCACUGCCAGAUUUGCAGGACUUUCAAAGGCCCGUUUGCCCACGUCCAAACUCAAAAGAAAGCGGCGAAGGCGGAGUCGACAUGACCCCAUUUGAGGAACCUCGCAGUUCAGGGUCAAGGUCGCCCGAAGGAAAAAAUGGAAAAACGCCUCCGAAGCCCAUCUGGAUGCCUGUCAUCAAUGGUCCCGGGGGCUCUGGCUUUGGACUGACGAACGAGAUUGAGAAGAUGGUAACCUUCCAACCGAAAGGUGUGCAAGACGUCAAAGUUGGGUCAAUGAGCCCACUGCCGAGCUUCGGCCCCGACUGGUUCACUUCGAAGCUGCCCGGAACCCUCGCGCCACGUCCCUUGCCCGCCUGCGCAUUUGGCCUCCCCCCCGCCCCCCCAGGGCUGAUCGCUCAGAUGCCCGAGCUGGCCACGGUGUCCCCCGGCGUGGCAGCCAUGGUGGCAGAGGCCCUCCGGGCUCCACCCCUCACGACCCCAGGGAUGCCGCCACCACCCCAGUCCGUGCUGGCGAUGCCUGUGCGAUGCGGCAGAACGUCGAUGGUUCCUCGCUGUGGAGGCCGGAUUUCGUCGCGGUUUGCUCCAGUGACCGACGCUUCCGCAGCCUAUGGCAGAAACCUUUGCCGUGUGGCCUGCUAA